GUCACGAUACGUCACGACCAAAACAUUACAUCGUUUUCCUUGAAAUAUUCCAUCAGAAAUGCCUCAAACAAGGUUAAGUGUAUUGUUAGCCUUUUUUUCAGCCGUUGUUGCGUAAAGUAAAAACCAUGUUUUACGUACCAAGUGGCGCUCUGAGCGGAACGCCGAGCAAUGGUAGCAAUGACGGUCUCGAUGGCGCGCAAUUUUCGGCGUGCGCUUCUCGAAAUUUGUCUGGGCUAUUGGACGAACAGCGAAAGAGAGGAGUUGGCACGGCCUUACUUACAAUUACAGUUGUUGAGGGGCGAAACCUUUCAGUUAUGGACCCCACAGGAAAGUCUGAUCCAUAUUGUAUAGUGAUUGUUGGCAACCAGGAGAAGCGUACAGCAGUGCAGUAUAACACCAUUGCUCCAGUAUGGCAUGAAACAUUACAGUUUGAAGUCAGUGGUGUACCUCAGCUCAUGCAGAAUGAAUCAAUUGAGAAUGCCAUGAACUGCUGCCUUCAACACUAUAUCCAGAUUGAUGUGUGGGACCAUGAUACUCUCAAUCGUGAUGACUUCAUGGGUAAGAUUCAAAUCCCAGUCUCUCUUCUGUCAGAAGAAACAACAGCUUGCUGGUUCCCCCUGGGAAGAGGUUCAGCCAAAGAAAAUAUUCGUGGUGAUAUAUUUUUGGAACUGACCUUGAAGGCAUCUCAGCCAGUACCAAGGUGGUGUAUGGACUAUGAGCUGUAUUCACUUUGCAAAAGGAAACCUGGAUUUGAGAUUCCUGUUGCAUUUGGAGAUUCUGUGGUUGAUUUUCCAGGCGAUGCAGAAAGAGUGGAGAUGGUUAUUGAUGAUGUGGUUGUUGAAGUCAGUAAACACAGAGGUAUUGGGCGAAUGUACCUUACAAACUUCAGACUUGUGAUUCUCUGUCACUUGUCUGGUUUGACUGCAGCUGGGUAUACUUAUGACAUGUCUUUGACAGUUGCACUAAAUAACAUCCAGUCAGUUGACAGAGGGGAAGAUGAAAAAGUUGUUUCAAGGACUGUUAGAGGCAAUGCUGGUUUCUCUGAUGUGAAGACCCUGACUAUAAGAUGUUGGGAUUUCCGCACAAUCCGGCUAAUCUUCAUGAGAAAACCUCAAUACUUGCACAGCUUUUAUAUGCCUCCGGAUCCAGGAAGUAUGCAGUCCAGUCCAGAUUCUAUACUUGCUUCACUACAACCAAGCAAUGCAGAAUGUGUCAAAGACUCAAGCCUGCCGUCAACAGGUUCGGAGGGAGAAGGCACUGAUGGGAAACAACCUUCAAACCAAUCUCAACCAACAGACCUUCUCGCGGCAAAUGAGUCUGCGGGAAACCUCACACGACCCAGCAGUUGCAGCAGUUUCCGGAUCCUGUCACGCAGUAGCAGUAGUAGCAGCAGUGUGGCGGGUGUCAGCUCACACGGGUCUGAUGGUCCACAGCUUGUUCCUCAAGGUACCUCAGGGGUGUUGGGUCCAGGAUUAUUAGCAGCGGCUCUCAGCGGUGUUGGAUCAAUGAGUAAUGCAUCGGAGAGAUUAAAGACUGAGUUGAUACCGGCCUCCACAUUUUUAAAUCUUUACAUUAGUGUGUUUUAUCAAAGACUAGAAUACCUGGCCAUGAAUGCUGUUGAUAAUCCUCCAUCUCUGCACUUUGUUAAAAUACUGCCAAGGGACACAGAACUAAGCGGCUGGAGUGUGUAUGACUUCCAUGAGGAGUUUGCAAGGCAACAGGUCUCUGACAAAUGGCGUGUCAGUAUAAUCAACCAAGAGUUUCUCCUUUGCUCAUCGUACCCGCCACUGUUUUAUGUUCCUGGAGAAAUACAGGAUUCUACACUGAAAGAAUGUGCUGCAUUUCGAAGCAAAGGCCGUCUUCCAGUCCUGUGUUGGUACAAUUUCAAAAAGGGUAAUUUUAUUAUGCGUUGUGCACAGCCGAAGACUGGACCUGCUUUUAAGAACUCAAUUGAUGAUGAACUUGUCAUUAGCACUGCUAGGAAGUGUAACAAAUUUACAGAUAAGCUGGUAAUCUUUGAUGCAAGGUCCAUGUUUGCAGCUGGUGGUAACAUGUUGAAAGGAAAGGGAACAGAGGACACAGUAAACCGAUACCAGGGCUGUCAAUUGUUGUUUCUUGAUAUUCCUAAUAUUCAUGCUGUGAGAGACAGUUUGUACAGACUGCAAGGUGUCUGUGAGUCUUCGGCACAAAAGAAAUGGCUGUCUCAUUUGGAAUCCACACAGUGGUUGGCUUACAUCACUUGCAUACUAAAGGGUACCGUGACAAUAGCACGGUUUGUUGAUAAGGGAGCCGCUGCCCUGGUGCACUGCAGUGACGGGUGGGAUCGAACGUCACAGCUGACGUCACUAGCUCAGCUCCUUCUGGAUCCGUUCUACAGAACAAUAACAGGAUUCCAGGUUCUUAUAGAAAAAGAGUGGAUAUCUUUUGGUCAUCGGUUCCGUGAUCGGCUUGGUCAUCCAUCAUGUCCUAGUCAGCGGUCGCCCGUGUUUUUACAGUUCUUGGAUUGUGUAUGGCAGAUUGUGCAACAAUUUCCUAGUGCUUUCGAAUUUACUCCGCUGUAUUUAGUUAGAAUAGCAGACCAGGUUAAUUCACAAUGGUUUGGAAAUUUUCUUUGUAAUAACAUGAAUGACCGAAAAAAGCUUCUGGUUUCAACCUUAACCUUAUCACUAUGGGCUCACUUAAGAGCAGAUGAAGACGCCUUCCGAAAUCCAACUUACAGGAAAUAUAACGAGACAUUAUUUCCCGUGUCCAACCCAAGAAGACUUCAGCUGUGGGUAGACUACUUCUUAAGAUUCGACGAGACAGCUUGGUCCACACAGGAUCCGGCCAUCCAGGAUGACGAGGGAGACGCGGAGCCUGUGGUUACCAAGCCACUGGACUCAGUUAUAUGGGUCCCGGAUGAGCGAGCGCGGGAAUGUGCCGACUGUAAGCAGAGAUUCACUCAGUUCAGAAGAAAGCAUCAUUGCAGAGCAUGUGGUCAAGUAUUCUGCAGUGAAUGUACAAAACAGAGAAUUCGCCUACCUCAGUUUGGUUACAUGAAUCCUGAAAGAGUAUGCGAGAACUGCUUUCAUCAAAACAACAUUAGACAAGUUGACGAAGAGGAUGAGGAUGAAUUUGAGGUGAUCACUCUUCCAAAUUUCCCAAGGUGAAGUUUCCUGGUAAAGUACGAAGAAAUUUGUUGAAACUUAGAUCUGCGCAAAACUCUGAGAUAGUUCAUCUGAUAAAGGACAUGACCUACAAAAUGGAGAUAGCAGUCAACUUUCACGAAAUAGAAUUGUGAUCGCAAAAUGUCAGCUCAUGGCCUGGAUUUGCAAGGAGCCUUUCUAUGGGGAACCUAUUGCUAACAACAUACACGAAGUAUUUAACAUGCCUAACAAGAAAAUAUUAUUUAACAUGGUAUAUUUCAACCAUGUAAAUUUAGAAGAAAGAUUCCAUGUUGCCGUGCGUCUGUAUUGUAUUGUAUCUGUAUUUUGCGAUAUUUAAACAGGCUGGCCCAGUUCAGCUCAGAGCUGGUUUAAACGGAGGCCUGUGUAAACAAUGACAAGGCUAGACCACAACACAGGGAGCUAUGUUCCCUACUCUUUGAGAGAAAUGGGUAGCUUCUUAACGUCCCGUGCUAACCAUCACAGAGAAAAGACAGGAGACCGGGGUCUAUGACUUAGCGUCCUUAUAGACUGGAAUGUCUAACCAUUUGCCGUUGUCAAAGCAAAGGCAGCACAUUCUCCUCGAUCAUUUUAUCAGCCUGAAUGUUGGUCUGUUCUGCGGCUUGAACCCUCGACCUCCAUCACGCCAGUCCGGCGCUAACUAAGCGAGGUGUCCAGUAAUAGAUUACAGGUUAAGUCAAAACGUGGUAAGAACAAAAGACUGGCGCGUGAGGCGCAGUGUCACUGAUGUUCUUACCACAUUUUGACGUCUUCUGUAAUCGGUUACUUUACAGACGCACGGCAACAUGGAGAAUUUUGUUUAAUUUGUUUAAUAUAAUAAAGAAGCAGACAAUUGUUUAUGGUGACGUCAUGUAUGCGUCUGUCCUCCGAAAGAUUAUAAGAAAGAACCAAUCAAAUUGCUAAUGUGAUUAAGCUUAUUGUAGAACUAGCUGUAGAAAAUUCUGGGGCAGAGUAACUGCAGUUGCAUGCUAUGAGAAUUUCAUUUUUUAUCGAAUUUAUCAAGAAUACUUUUUACAAAUAACUGAAUAUUUUAUGAAUAUUUUAAUGGACACCCUUUGAUGAAGAAAAGGCUUAUGUAAGCGAAUUUCAGGAAAUUUUGUAUCCUGUAAAGGGGUUUUCUUUAGUAUGGCCGGUAACCAGGUAACAUUUCUUGUCAAAGUGAUAUUUUAAAAAAAGCAUCACGAAAUUUUGUAACCUGACAUAAAUAAUUGGUAAUUACAUAAUUUCUGUUUCCAAAAUAGUCAAAUCUCAAUCUAGAUACGCAAUAAUUAUUUUGCUUUUUGUUCGGAAAUAGAAUAAGAAGUCACAUUAAUUUGGGAUUAUAACAAGAAUGUAGAGUUAUCAAUUUAUCAUGAAACUGUAUGAUAUUGUAAUUUUAAAAGUUUUUUCAUUUGUGAUAAACUGUAAAUUAAAUCAAAGCAAGUUCAGGGGAACGAAAAUCCGUUUGACGCAUCUAUAACUCCGCAACCGAGCUUCAAAUUUCCAAUGUGAAUAGGGGACACCAUUGCUGUACUGGGGAGGGGAGGGGAUGGAACUGAGUGGAAGAGAACGGGGGAGGGGAGGGUACAAGGCUGACGGUAAACGUGAAAUCAAAUAGGGACUUACAUCGCACCCUCUCUCUCCCCUCCCCUAUAAGUAUGUCGAAGGUGUACUGUAUGGUGAGGGAGGAAGAAAGUUCGCAAAGUUCGAGUUCUGUGUUUGUGUAAAGUGAAAGUUUAUGAAAUUAUUUUGUGAC